CUCCCCUCUCUCCCAUGUUUCCUGACCCACACACACAUCAUGGGCUGGUAACAAACAUAAGGACAACCUAGGGCUUGAUUUGCUCUUUUGACAGCCUAGCCUUGUUUUUUCCCUUGCUGCUGGUACUUGGUCCCCAGCUGGAAGCGUAUACUUUUUUUUUCUAUGCCACUUUAAGCAACAGGUGCCAUUUUUUCGCUUCCUUGUAGGGGGCCCUGGCACAAGCGCAAGUUUUAUUGGAACUCUAACAGGAAAGGCACAGUGAGACAUUGUGGGGCUUUCGAUCGGAAAACUAUUCCGGACCGGGGGAAUUGACUCUUGAGAUUGUUUUUUCAGCCUGUUAGUGCAUGAGAGAGAUGGAAGCGCGGUCCUCCACCACCACGACUACCAUAGUCGAGACCAAGAAUGACGUGAGUGCAAAUCCAGCACGUUCAUCCAAACGCACCUUAACCGAUGACCUGCACUCCACGUUCAGCUCCCCCAUGGCCUGGAUCCUCGUGCUGGCUCUCAUCGUAACCUGGUCGGCUGUGGCCGUCAUCAUGUUUGACCUGCUGGACAGCAAAGGUCUUGAAGCCCAUACAUUAUACUGUGACGACCCCUGUUUGCCACCUGGACCUCAGCCACACCGUGUCAGGAAAACAUUUAAGGAAGCAGGCAGCCUUAGAGGAGGUAUUCAGCACAUCAGCACUGAUCCCAUGAAGGCGGUGAGCGAUGCCAUGGACGACUCUACCGACUGGUUAACGUCAAUCUUGACUUUUAUGACUAAUUUGGUAGCACCAGAAGAGGAGGAGGAGGAAGGUGAGCGUCAUUUUGUGAGGAAAAAAGGAGAAUUCUUGCCACCGAGGAAAAAAGUUGCAGAGAUACGAGCCAAGGAGAUGUUAGAAGAAGAAGGGGAAUAUGAUGAGGAAGAUGAAGAGGAAGAGGAGGAGGAGGAAGAUGAGGGGCUUGCUGAUGAAGAGGAGGAGGAGGAGGAGGAAGAAGAAGAAGAAGAAGAGUAUGAGGAUGACGAAGAAGAAGAAGAUGAAGAUGAGAUUGAGGAGGAGGAGGAGGAAGAGGAGGAUGAAGAAGAAGAGGAGGAGGAAUUAGCAGAGGAAGCUGUGGUGGAGGAAGAGGAAAAAGAAGAGGAGGCUGAAGAAAAGGAGGAAGAAGAAGCUGAUGCUGAGGAAGAAAAGGAAGAUGAAGAGGAGGAACCAGCAGCAGAAAAAGCUGUGCAAAAGAAGCAGGAAAAAGAAAAGGAGGAAGAGGAAGCUGAUGCUGAGGAGGAAGAGGAACAUGAAGAGGAAGCUGCUGCUGCUGCUCCUGCUGUCAAAAAGAAAGUUUCUUCCGUCCCUGCUGAACCCGAUGAAGAGAAAGAAGAAACUGCAGAACAAGCCACUUCUAAAGAAGCUGAGGCAGCUGAUGAUGAAGAGGAUGUAGAUAAAGAACCACCAGAGGAAGAAGAUGAAAAAGAAGAUAAAGAGAAAAAAGAUGACGACGACAUUACUGACCAAAAAGAUGACCAAAGUGAGGAGAAAGAUGAUGACGAUGAGGUCCAAGAGGCCGAUAUCGCCAUUGCUCUUGGUAUUGUAGCUGAUGCUGGAGCAGACACUGAUGUUGAAGCACAAGAAACUGACAUAACAACCCUGAAAGAAGAGGAGAAAGAUGAAAGCGCAGAGGAAGUGGAAAUAGCAGAAAAGGCACCAGAACCUGAACCUGUCCCUAAAGGGGCAGCCAAGGAAGUGAAAGAAAAAGAAGCAGAGGAACCUGUGGCGGAGGCUGAAAAAGAAGACAAACAAAAAGAGCCCUCUACCUGUCCUUGUAUGGAUUCAGUAAUACAUAAAGAGCCUCAAAAAGCCCAAGACACUAAACCAAAGGAACAAAAAGCUGAAGCAGAUAAAGUAAAGAAAAGAGCUAAAAGAGUCACCCUUGAGCGCAAGAAAGCUGAGACUAGGAAAAGGGAACCCCUGCUUAAACAGAGAAAAGAAAAAGAGGUUCCAGUAAGAACAAGACUAGAGAAAGCAAAGAAAGCUCCAAAAGCAAAAGCAGCGGCUGUCAACAUACCCAAAAUGAGAAGAUCUAGAGCCUCGGAGGAUGUGCAAGUGUCAGCUGCUCCAGCUCCGAUAGAAGAUCAAACAGUUCCCAUGUGCCGACCAACACCUGUGUACUGUCCAGCGCCCCCUGGCUGGUAUGUGCAUCAUAUAGUUACAAGCAGCCCAUUACCACCAUCGGCUAUUCCAGAAUCAGAAGUUCCUAUUUUAACAACUCAUCAAGCUCCUACUGUUCUGAAAGAACCGGAAGCUGAUAAGCCAAAGCCAAAACAAGCCACUAAAAAGAAAGAACCAGCUGCGCCAAAAGAAAAAGAAAAAGCCAAAGCAGCUCCUGCAAAGAAGGAGGCCACAGUUGCUAAAGCCAAAGUAAAACCUUCAGUGGAAAAGAAAGGGCCAACUGCUGUGAAAGAGAGGCCUAAAAGGACAGAGCGAGUGAUCACUAAAGAAAAGGCAAAAUCUACCUCUACUAAGAAAGAGCCAGCAGUAACAAAGAAAGCAAAAAUAACAACAACCUCACAUAAAGAAGAGAAAGCUGUGAAAGAAGUGAAGCCCAAAGCAGAGGCUAAGAAGAAGGUUGCAUCAACACCAAAAGCCAAACAAGCCAUUAAAGAAAAAGUUGUGGGAACACCUGUUCCAGAUGAGAAGAAAACAGCUGAAGAAACCCAAGAGAAAGCAGCUGAGUCACCAGCACCAGCAAAAGAGCUGAAAGUGGAGGAAAAUGUCACAGAAGGCAAAAAGCCAGGCAAGAUACCGUACUUCCAGUGUGUUUUAAUGAGUUCAAAAUCCAGCCAGUAUCCACUGCGGCCCAUGUCCCCUGCCAUGAGUCCAGCUAUUAACCCCACCAUGAUGAGAGCCAUGAUGGAGCAGAGGGCAGCGUUGCUGCAGCAGAAAGCCCGUGCAGCUGGCCAGUAACUGGACGACAGACUCCGUCCGGCCCUGGCAGGUGCAAACUGCUUAUGAACUGCUGUAAAAACACAGUGCUGCUGGGCUCUCAAGAGCCAUCCACCUACACCAUCACAGACUUUAACAAAUAAUGAGUGGAGGUCCCUGGUUUUUCAGUGGACACUCUCCAGUGGUUUCUGAAUCUGAUCAGUUUCACAAUUUUGACAGAAAAAGAAUAUUACAUCUAAAUAAUAAUGUACAUUUUGAAAUAUAUAUUGAAUGCAUAAACACCUGUCAAAGAAAUGUUGUGUUACUGGGUAGACUUACUUCUUUUAUUUAUUUAUUUGAGAUCUUAAAUCAUCUGUUUACAUUUUUUGCAGGGAAGAUUCUGCUGGGGGUUUUUUCUUAUUGUACAUAAGACUACUCAACGGCUAAGCAAAUUUAGAACUGAUAAAUAAUUGAAGCGUUGCUCUAAAUAUUCAAGAUAUUUAUUUUUCUAUGUCAGAGUAUAUGAUCCCAUUACGGAAAGAAAUCUAACAGCACACAUUCACUAAGGGCCUUAUCUUUUGGCCCAGGCCAUUUCCUUUGACUCACUGGUAAUGAGAUUAUGUGUAGUGUGUCUGGGUUCUAACUGGGUCUGCGAUUUCUCUGCAUUUGUAUGCAUGGCCAUUAGAAAACAGGAGGACGCCAUUUGGACCCAAUCCGAUUGCUAUCUUAACCAAUGAAAAGAGCUUACAUGCUUAUAAAAUUGAAAGAGACAUUAAGAAAUGAAGCCACACAAAAGCCUACAGCCUCUAAAGGCUUUCAUUUUACUUGACGAAGAACUUUCUUGAGUAUCUCUUUAGUUAGUUGAAACCCCUUAUUGGAGGUUAUUAGAUUAAUAGUAGUGAAUGGAAUAGUGUAUGAAUAUGUAAAAUCAAAGUUUUCGUGUACAGGUAAAACCCAAAGCAAUUGACCCUUUGCAAGCACCCGCCCCACUUCGUUACUGUUGCUAUGUCUGACAAGCCAUACAUCAUGUUCUCACACAGUUAAAAAUAACUUUACAAGGCGGAGCAAAGAGGAAACUGACAACGUGCCGACAGACGAGACAAAGCAGGUUACUUUUGAUACAAAACAAAGACUUUGAUACAAUGACUGAUUCGGCGUUAUGAUUGGUCAGAUCGCCUGUCAAUCAAACAACCUGCGAAGGGUCAAAUUGUGUAAAGUGACACAGUAAAUACAGUGUCCACCAUGUUUUCUCUGUUUUUCGUUAUUUUCCUAGAUCAGUGGUCUUCAACUUUUCCAAACCAAAACAUUUUUGGAUACAUGUAUAAAAUGAGCUGCAAAAAAAGUAAUGAAAUAAAAUAAAUAAAUAAAGCGUAGAUGAUGAAUUGAUGAUGCUGAGUUAAAAAAAUAUCAAUGAAAACUCUUCAUCACUCUUCAUUUUUUUUUUACACAAAAUAAGAAUGAACAUUUUUCAAAAUGUAUAAAGUUAUAUAUAUCACAUUUGAUACAUUUAUUAUCAUAAUAAAAGCAGUCUAACGUCAAAAGUUUUGGUUUUAAUGACAAAAAAAUAGGUAUUUAAAAUAUAAUAUAUAUAUGCUGAACAGAUAACUCUUUACUUUUUUACAGACUUUUUUUAAUUUUCAAAAAUCAUGUUUUUUUAUUUUUAUGUUUUUAUUAUGAUAUCAUGUUUUUAUUGUGUUUAAUCAUGUUAGUUAAAUGUAUUUUUUAGUUAUUUUUUAUCUAAUCAAAAUAACCCAACUACAGUUUGAUUGAGAUUAAUUGGAAUGCACAGUGAAAUAACAUGAUUUUUGGAAAUUAAUAAAAAUGUAGUUGUCCGUUUGCAAAUGAACUCCUCAUAAUUGUGACCCUGGACCACAAAACCAGUCAUAAGGGUCAAUUUUUCGAAAUUGAGUUUUAUACAUCAUCUGAAAGUUUAAUAAAUAAGCUUUCCAUUGAUGUAUGGUUUGUAUGUAUGUAUAUUUUGCCGAGAUACAACUAUUUGAAUAUAUGGAAUCUGAGGGUGCAAAAAAAAGAAAAAAAAAAAAAAGAGGAUAAAAUCACCUUAAAAGUUGUCCAAAUUAAGUUCUUAAUAAUGAAUAUUACUAAUCAAAAAUUAAGUUUUGAUAUAUUUACAGUAGGAAUUUUACAAAAUAUCUUUAUGGAACAUGAUCUUUACUUAAUUUACUAAUGAUUUUUGGCAUAAAAGAAAAAUCAAUAAUUUUGACCCAUACAAUGUAGUUUUGGCUAUUGCUACAAAUAUACCCCAGCAACUUAAGACUGGUUUUGUGGUCCAGGGUCACAUAUAUAUAUAUAUUGCAGUAUCAAUAUGCACCCCUGCUGAAGACCCCUGUCCUAGAUAGUCAUCAAACAGUGUGUGGAUUUAAUAUAAAAUACAGUAGUAGAAUAAAGAUGUAUGUGUAUAAUAUUUGACUUUACUUUGACCAACAGUGAUUUUCAAGAUGGUGAUCUGAGAUCACUGUCCAAUCUUGUUCCUGUAACAGUUUGCCUUGUUCAGAGCAAAUAUUACGGGUAUAACAAUUUCAUCCAGAAAUACUUUGUCUUAUUCAAGAACACACUGGCGUAUGAUCUUUAUUUUCAGUAACUUAAGGAUCAGAAUGACCUAAAUGUCCUUGAAUGUAUUCUCAUAAUCCACUGCAGUGGAAAAAUUAAAAAUGACAAGAACGAGAGUGAACAGCCGGCCGCAUUUUGAGUGCCGCUGUGCAUAUGGGCUACAUAUGGUCGUAGGAAGACUGUAUAAUGUUUAUACUGUACGUAGUGACUGCAGCAGAAGGCUGUUUCUCUUUAAUCAGGACAGUUAGCUGUAACUGUCUGACUUUGAACAGAGAAGUAGGCCAGAGAAAUAAUCUCACUUUGAAGGUACAACAUGCAGCUUCAUGCACAGAGCUGAGGGAAUGUCAAGUGUACUUUGGAUAUUCCUAAAAUAAAUAUAUAUAUGAAUGAACACUACAAAAAUCAAUGACACUGUCUGAAACACACAUAAACAUCAUUUUUGUCUGACUGUGAGAAAAAUCACUGUCUUACCAAAAAUGAGAGACAGUUUACAGUACAAAUGCAAUGUUUACAAGGUAGAACCUCAACUGUUGAUUCUCAGAAGGCUUUGCGCACCAUAGAUGUAUAAAAUUCAUGUUUAGGGCUAAAAAUGUUAUAUUAGGAUGUGAUAGAAGUUGUUCUUAGUUUUUUUGAAUGUGUUUGGUAUUUGCAUGACCCCUGAAAACAAUGAAAAUGUCAGUUUCUGAUGUGCUAAAAGAGCUUGUUGCACUGAAUUUCAAUAGAGGCUGCUAUCUUUCUUUCAUAAGACUUGAGCUGAUGAGGUUAGAUACCUAGAACUUCUCAACUUUGUUAAGGCACGCUGUAUGUUUAGCUUAUAAAAGAAUGGAUCGUUUUUUCUUUCACUAAGUAGACAACUGGGAUUUUGUGGUUUGAUUUAGCAGAGUAAUGUCAGAUUGUGCCAUAAUUUGUCAUCGCAUCACAAAGACCUAAUUCACAUUUUAAACAUGUCAAAUUGUCAUGUUCUUAUGAAUGUUGAAUAAGAUCUGUCAGUAGAACCAAAAGAGAUUUUGACUAAAUCAGUGUUGCUUUUUCUUUAUUCACAUCUUUAUCUUGGAGUGGGCAAAAUUCUGGUAAUAAAGUAAUCGCUUUGUGCA